GCCCAGCGCUGACUCUCGAGUGGCUCAACGUCUCCCCAGCGCGGUCAACGCGCCCGCGCGGCGGCCGCGGCAAAUGCCGAGCUACAAGAACAUUUCCAAGGAUGAGGAGGACGACCUGGAGGAUGCCUAUUUCAGUGAUGAAGACACUGGGCCGGGAUGUGUGGAAACCAAUUUCCCCUCCUUGGCAUGGCUUCAAGGAUCAAGGGAUGGGUUCACAGUGGGCCAAACCACUGCAGCGCAAGUCGCAAGCUGGACCACCUUCUACUCUGCCAUUUGCAUGUAUGUGAACCGCCACAAUUUGGCCGAAAUCGGCCUUGCGCCCUCGACCUUUCUGUGCAAUCUCCUCUUCAUCGUUGGAUCAGAUCUGGGCUCCACCAUGUCAGGGAUUUUCUACGGUGUCAUCGGCUCCUUCUAUGGCCUGUUUACGAACUGGCUCUUCUUGGGAUUCUUCCCUGGAGCGUACCACGGAGAGAACCAUGCCAUCUUCUGGGCUGCCCUGUCGGUGAUCAUCCUGUAUACUUUUAUCUUUCUCUUCGUCAAGGUGAAUGAAACGAUUCGAUUCUGGGCAUUGAUCACCUUCACUGGUGGCUAUGCCAUGAAGUUGAUUGACCCUGCAAGCAAUGGCGAGGCAGGCUCAGGCAAAUUCCAGUUCAAUUUCAAGGGCUACGCUGAGAAUGGCUUCGUCCAGUACUUGUUUGGCGCGCUUUUGGCCGUGAUCAUCUUUCUCGUGCCACCCCGGCUCUCCCUGGACGAAUCCUACAAGCGAGUGGACAGGGUGUCACGCGAUGUGACAAUCCUUCUCAAGCGAUUGAUGACAUACUACUGUCGGAACAUCAAAACUCUCGAGAUCUAUGACAUCAGGGAAGACUUUCAAAGCCUCCAACGGCGCUUGGACGAAGCCAGUGCGCUCGGUGCCAGUUCGUGGUAUGAAAGCUUGGGCAAGAGCAAGCGCCGUGCGAUGACGUUGAAGCUGACAGGUGUUGUCAAGGAGCUGAUGGACUAUGUGGAGCCACUGCUGGAAGUCGUGGUGGACGAGGAUUUUCAAGAAAGUCACACUGUCAUGAUGCAGCAAGUGGGAACUCCGAUGACAAAUGUGGUGGAAGGUACCCUCGAGAUUGUGGAGGAAUUGAUCAGGGGAGCCGAAGAUGGAUCCUUUAAUGAGGAAGAAUCGGACAGGGUUCAGGCGGAGAUUGAUGACAUGCCCAAUCUGGUGACGAAAUUGCAGCGCUCGGUCCAGGAAGCCACAGAUGCAGUGGGCAGAAUGGAAGGACAAAAAGCGGGUGAAAGGAUCCAACCGCAGACCUUGGGGGAGCACUAUGUCGCGCUGACCGUUUGUCGGAUGGCUCAAGUGGUCAUGGACAACGCCAAGCAGGUCAUUGAUUCACAAGGCCUGCCAGCUGGGGAUUGGUCCGAAGAUAUGAAGAAUUCCUGGGGAGUUCUCUUUGACUAUGAGAAAGGAGAUCUGAAGUGGGCUGCCCGCUCCACGGUCUGCCUUUUGGUGAAUUUCCUGGUUGGUUGGCAUGGCUACUGUGAUUGGCAAGCCAUUGAUGAGUUUAAGGAAGGUACACUGGCACAGGAACCAGUAUGCUUGAUCCAGCCCUACUCUGCCGGACUGGCCAGCAUCAACGUGAUCCUGCUUAGUCGCUACAGUGCGGGUACCAUAAAGAAUGCCAUGGACCGAGUGGCGAACGUGGUUUUGGCCAGCGUGGUUGGAACCUUGGGGUACAGCGUCUUGGGUUGGUGCAGCGAUGUCUACAGGGUACUCACUCUUUUCGCCGUAUUCCUGGCCACCUUCAUCUUCAUGUACAUGAAAUAUGAUGGCUCGGGAGACACCGCUGGUAUUGCCCAGCGAUUGGCUGCGAUUGCUGUGUCCAGCUUGAUGAGCAACUGCUCCAACGAUCCUUCGACGGCGGGCACCUACUCCUCCAAGUUCCACGACCUCAGUGACAUUAUCUUUGGUGUUUUGAUCAUGACGAUCUUCGACUUCAUCUUCGGCGAAUCCUCUGCCUCGGAACAGGCGAUCACUGGCAUGACAGACAUGGUGGAAGAGUACCAGCAGGUCUUCAAGGAGUUCUUUGAUCAAGAUGGCAAAAAUCAGAUGACCCAUGAGGAACUCAAAAAGAAAGUGGCCUCCGUGAGCAGCAAAAUCAGCGAGUGUGCCUCUACGGGCAGCAAGGCUUCGAUGGAACCGAGGUUUUGGCGUAUGAGCUUCAAUUCUACGCUCUAUGACAAGAUCAUUUCCACCUACAAAGUUCUCUGCAACGCCUUGGUGAAGACCAGCCGCGUGAUUGAUGACGACAAGGACGUCCUCUUUGACCGUUUGGCUCACUCCGAUGAAGUCAAGCGCCAGAUCAUGUAUCGCGUCCUUGAUGAUACGACGCGGAUGGUUUUGGCGACAAUCAAGCGUGAUCGUGCCUCCAUUCCAAGUCCUUUCUGGUACCAAGAGCAGCAGUUGUCGGACAACGUGCUCACAGAGAAGAUCGUUUCUGAUUUGAACGCCCAGCCACACCUGAAAACCAACGACCGCCCGGAGGAGAUGCCGCUGAAUCCUUCCAGUCGCUGCUGUGCGAUGACCGUGAUGAUUCAGUCUAUGGUGAACGUGCUUUGGUCGGCAGGGAGAUGAAGUGGCAGUCGCUUGAGCUGGGCACCAGCACUGGCCCGAAAGGGUCGCCUGGGAUGCUUCUCUUGCGCCACCACACCACUUGGUCGCGCAAGUGAUUGACAGACUCGGCACCGUGUGGGUGGUGUGGGCACCGUGUGCUGACAUGGUUGACCCUUGGUGGAAAUUGGAUUGAACAGUUCUCAAACAGUUCGACUGGGUUGGUUUGGAGAUUGGACGAGCGCCCUGGAGCUCCCGCGUUUCACGGGCUCUUUGUUCUGCGGUUUGGGGCCGAGGCCUUGCGAUCCCUCCAGAAGGAUUGCGUCAGUCAGAAGUUGAUGGACGGAUGAGGAAGAUUGAACGGACAGGGCGGUAGAGACUGCGAACAUUCUUGUAGAAUUUAAUCAAAAAGUAUGUGGAUGGUUGGGCGCAGGGGUCUGAUAAAAUACAUUCACAUGUAUCAAAAACAACAAGGAGAUCGAAGAUCUCCCCUGUUGACCUCCAGCUCCCUUCUGAAGCAGAAAGCUGGUUGCUUGUGAACAGGAUAUGCUGUGGACGCUGAC